UCUUUCCAAACACGAAAGGCCAAAGGAGCUCACACCAAAGCGAGCCAGCCCGGCGUCUUUAAAACGAAGACGACUCUUCUGAUAACUGAAUGAAAUGCAAAUUUCCAUAAAUAGAAUUCGGACAAACGCCAUGUCGUCUGCUUUCACAAUGCUCUCAUCAUCAUCAUCAAAUCUAGCUGUUAAAAGCCCUAGCAGCUCUUUCUCUUCGAAGAAUUCUUGUAUGUUCAAUGGAUUCGUUAAGAAUCGAGUUGCGUUUUGUAACCAGCAGGCUCCCUCUGUUUCGCUUCGGUGUUUUGCUACAACUGCCGCUGGGAUUGAUAGAGUCAAGGUUCAGAAUCCUAUUGUCGAAAUGGACGGUGAUGAAAUGACCAGGAUCAUUUGGCGGAUGAUAAAGGACAAACUCAUAUUUCCUUAUUUAGAUUUGGAUAUAAAGUAUUUUGACUUGGGGAUACUGAAUCGCGAUGCAACGGAUGACAAGGUUACUGUCGAAAGUGCUGAAGCAGCUCUUAAGUACAAUGUUGCCAUCAAAUGUGCCACAAUAACACCAGAUGAGACCAGAGUGAAGGAAUUUGGGCUGAAUUAUAUGUGGAGAAGUCCCAAUGGCACAAUUAGAAACAUUUUAAAUGGUACUGUUUUCCGUGAACCUAUUCUGUGCCAGAAUAUUCCUAGAAUUGUUGCAGGCUGGAAGAAACCCAUUUGUAUUGGUAGACAUGCCUUUGGUGAUCAGUAUCGUGCCACAGAUACUGUCAUUAAUGGACCAGGAAAGCUUAAAAUGGUAUUUGUCCCUGAAGAUGGUACUGCCUCAGUGGACCUUGAUGUCUAUACCUUUAAAGGUCCAGGCAUUGCACUUGCUAUGUAUAAUGUUGAUGAGUCAAUUCGAGCUUUUGCUGAGUCAUCAAUGUCAUUGGCAUUUUCAAAGAAGUGGCCUCUUUACUUGAGCACUAAAAACACAAUUCUGAAAAAAUAUGAUGGCAGAUUUAAGGACAUAUUCCAGGAGGUAUACGAAGAGAAAUGGAAGCAGAAGUUCGAAGAACACUCAAUAUGGUAUGAGCAUCGGCUAAUUGAUGACAUGGUGGCUUAUGCAUUAAAAAGUGAAGGUGGAUAUGUUUGGGCAUGCAAAAAUUAUGAUGGAGAUGUCCAGAGUGAUUUGCUUGCUCAAGGAUUUGGAUCUUUGGGCCUCAUGACUUCAGUUCUGUUAUCCUCUGAUGCAAAGACAUUAGAAGCUGAGGCUGCUCAUGGGACUGUAACUAGACAUUUCAGACUACAUCAGAAAGGUCAAGAAACCAGUACAAACAGUAUUGCUUCUAUUUUUGCAUGGACACGAGGGCUAGAACAUAGGGCCAAGCUAGAUAAAAAUGAAAGGUUGAUGGGUUUUGUUCAGAAGUUGGAGGCUGCAUGCAUUGAGGCUGUGGAAACAGGACAAAUGACAAAGGAUCUUGCCAUUUUGAUAUACGGACCUAAGGUAACAAGGGAGUUCUACUUGAACACUGAAGAAUUUAUUGAUGCUGUCGCACUGAAUCUUGAGGCAAAGCUUCGGGAGCCGGCAAUGGUUUGAGUAGAUCGGUUUCUAUCCAUUU